AUGGACUUUAAUCCAGAUGACUUACCCUAUACCAAUCCCAGAGAAGAGCGCAGAGUGGCGUUAGUCACAGGUGGGAACAGUGGUAUUGGAUGGUAUACCGUUUUACAUUUCUAUUUACAUGGAUUUGUGGUUUAUAUUGGAGGUAGAAGCUUCACUAGGGUUAGUAAAUCUAUUAAAGAGAUUGAAGCAGAGGCGAUUAGAAGAAGAAGCACAGUUGUUGAGAAUGAUCUAAAUCAAAGAUUUCUUGGUGAAUUAAGAUUUGUGGAGAUUGAUUUGUUAAGUUUGAAAUCUGUUGAAGCUGCAUCUAUAGUGAUUAGAGCCACUGAGCCUCAAAUUGACCUAUUGGUGUUGAAUGCUGGUGUUAUGGCGUUGCCAUUUGCUUUGACAAAGGAUAAUUUCGAAGUACAAUUUCAAACAAAUUAUGUUUCACAUUUUUUAUUAACUCAAAGAUUAUUACCAUUGAUUAAAGGAAGAAUAAUAUUUGUCUCAUCAGUGGGUCAUCAUUUUGAAGUGUUCAGAUUCAACAGGGAUUGGAAUUUCAAUUACAAACCAAAUAUAAUCUUCACUUGGUUCAGAUAUGCCAUGGCCAAGACAUCAGGUAUCCAAUAUAUGAAACUAUUAGCAUUGAAAAAUCCAGAUAUUCAUUGUUAUUCAGUACAUCCAGGCUUUGUCAUGAAUACAAAUUUGUUUAGUUAUUGGACAAGACUGCCCAUUAUAGGCGUUUUCUUUUGGUUUUGUUUCCAAGUUUUUGGAUUUUUCUUUGGUUGUUCAAAUGAAGAAGGUUGUUAUGCCACUUUGAAAUGUGCUUUGUCAAAUGAAACAUUACUAGAAGAGAAUGGAAGUUAUUUCAAAGCUGGUGGUAUCUUGACAAGCCCCAGUAGGGUUGCUUCAGAUAUAAAUAAUGCUGCUUAUAAUUGGGUUUGGACUGUGCGACAGUUACGGGAUCGUGGGUUUAACGACUUGGAUUGA